CAUGUACGUGCUAGUGUCGGCCUGGCCUAGUCAAAUCACGGCUAAACUCCAUAGCUAGCGUAUGUACUUUUUGUGUGAAAGGACGUCAGUUCACCGCAGCGCCAUUUUAGAUGUGGUCAACUUUCCAGGUUAUACUUCUAGAGUUCCCCCCCAGGUCCUGUACGCUCAGUGCGCGGCUUGCCCCUAACAAAAAUGGCUGCCGCGCCGUACGUAAAGUGGAAUGUUUUCUUACAAUAACUUUAUUGUUUGCCUGUGCCAUUCUCCGGAUGAUUGCCUGGUCACGUGCUCAUGACAUCACCCGACCUUUCAGUCCAAUGGGAAGUCGCUCUGACAGACACAUGGACCCCUAGGAUCUGCUAGAUUGGCUGAGAAUGACGAGCUAUGAGGAGGCAGAGGCGCAGAUUUCGGAGCUGGACCUUCUGUCCAGCAUGUUCCCUAAUGAUGAGGAGUUCAGCAUCACGGAUCAGCUGGCGCUGGCCGAGCUGAGGGAUUACACAGAGACGCGGACCACCGUCCCCCCAUCAUUCCAGAUCCAGUUCACCCUGACCAUAAAGCUGGGUGAUACUGGCAGUGUCCAGCACACGCUGACGUUACACUGUUCGUACCCCCCGCACUAUCCAAAUGUGCCACCAGAAAUAGUCGUCAGGUCGCCAUCCCUGGUUCGGUCACAUCAGACACAGCUGAAUUCAGACCUAACUGCCUACUUGAAAAGCAACUGCAAUGGAGACGUCUGCAUCUUAAGUGCCACAGAGUGGCUGCAAGACAAUGCGGAGACCUACCUGCACCCAGUGACCCCUACAGAUAACGUACAAGGGGCAGCGCCAUCAGAAGACGCCAUGUUUACUAGAUUGUGGAUUUACAGUCACCAUAUAUACAAUAAGCAGAAGAGGAAAUAUAUAUUAGAGUGGUCAAAGGAGUUGGGACUGUCUGGCUUCAGCAUGCCGGGGAAACCUGGCAUUGUGUGUGUGGAAGGAGCACAGGAGUCCUGUGAAGAGUUUUGGUCCAGGAUUAGGAAACUGACCUGGAAACGCAUUUUAAUUAGACAUAGAGAAGAUGUCCAGCUGUCCUCCUCAGCGGCUCAGACGGAAAUACAGGAUCUGAGAAAAUUCCCCGCUCUAGAGGAGAAAGCAUUUGAUGUACAUGGAUCAAGAGGAAACCACAUGGAUCUGGGCCAACUCUACCAGUUCCUCCAGGGAAAAGGAUGUGCGGAGGUCUUCCCUAUGUACUUUGGGAUUGAGGGCCGAUAGAGGAUCGUGGGAAGUAGUCUGGAGAUGUGGACACUUUUAAUAAAUUGUUCCCUUUUUAUUUGUUUUGUUCAGUAAUAGGCAAUAGGUCAUUAUGGUAGGACAACCCUUUUAAAUAUACUGU